GGCAUCUUUAACUUAACACUUAAUAUAACUGAGUUUGUUUGUUUGUUUUUUUUAUCCUCUGUGGCCAAUUUUUUAUGUCAUGUCACCUCUAACCCACAACCACAACCACCAUCGAAUCAUUCUGAAAAUAGAUACUGUGAACCACAACCGACUUGGUUUCAACAACAACAUCCGAUUACCCAAAUCGAAACAUUGUCUCCACCGCUGAUUGAUUCUGUAGAUGAGUCACAGACUGGUUGCUUCAAGACAUCCAACACUACAGCCACCGCCUCUUUCCGGCCGGCCACCACCGCUGCUGCCACAACACCACCAUCUAAUCACAACGGGUUGCUUCAAGACAUCCUGCGACGGCUACCUUCGCGCGCGCUCUCUCUCUCUCUCUCACCGCCGACUCUCAAGAAAAUCAUCGUCUUUGCCUGGUCUCAUCUAGGAUGGAUGGGUUUGAAGAUUUGCCGAAAUUCCUAAAUUCUGACGAGUCUCCGGUUGAACACAGAAGAGCGACAGAGAAGAAAUUUUAUCGUAACAGAAUGGAAGGAAUGAUUACAAGGAAAACAGUGUUAUGAGUCAAGUUCACAGACCACUCACAGGGGGUAUGGCUGCUAAGGUUGUCAACAAGAAAAAGAGUUUGCCUGAGGUGAUUUUUAAACCGAAUCAAUCAACGAAGAGUAUUGAGAUCUUUGAAGAUGAGGAGGAGGAUCAAACCAUUCCCAUGGAGAUUGAGACGGAUGACUUCUUUGAAGAACCUGUUGUUGAUAUCGACGUUUCUGACACCAAGAAUCCGCUUGCUGUUGUCGAAUAUGUUGAUGACAUCUACGCUAACUAUCGAAAAAUGGAGAGUUAUGGCAUGGUUUCACCGAACUAUAUGUUAACACAACAAUCUGAUAUCAAUGAGAAGAUGAGAGCCAUGCUAAUUGACUGGCUCAUUGAGGUGCACUACCUGUGUCACUUUCAAGAUGAGACGUUGUUCUUGACGGUUAACAUCAUAGACAGGUUCUUGGCUAAGCAAAGUGUGUCUAGAAAGAAGCUGCAACUGGUUGGUAUGGUGGCAAUGUUGUUGGCUUGUAAAUAUGUGGGGAUUUCAGUCCCUGUUGUUGGUGAUUUGAUUUAUAUUUCAGCUAAAGCUUACUCCAGAAGUGAAAUACUCGAAAUGGAAAACCUAAUGCUGCACACAUUAGAGUUCAAAAUAUCAUUUCCAACCCCAUAUGUUUUCUUGAAAAGAUAUCUCAAAGCGGGUCAAUCAGACUCAAAACUCGACCAAUUGUCAUCUUUCUUGAUGGAUCUUUGCCUCGUGGAAUACGAGACGGUCAAAUUCACUCCAUCACUCUUGGCUGCAGCUUGUGUCUACACUGCUCAGUGCAGUCUUUCUGGAUUCAAACAUUGGUCUAAAACUUGUGAAUGGCAUACAAAAUACUCCAAAGAUGAGCUUCUGGAAUGCUCGAAGAUGAUCGUGCGAUACCACCAAAGGGCAGCGACCGGGAGAUUUACAGCGGUUUAUACAAAGUAUAACACUUCAGAGUUUAACUAUGCUGCAAACUGUGAGCCGGCCAUGUUUAUUGUAGAGGAGACACAGCAAUGAAAUUUUGGGGGCUGGUUUUAACAAGUGAGGUAUUCUGUAGGGGGUGAUUUAGAAAAUUAUUUUGGCUAACUUUCCUUUGUUUGCCUUUAGGAUAUACUUAAUUAUACAGUGUAUGGUUGUGCAAAUUGUUCAUGCUGACUACCAACUGAACUUAUGAUUUUUUUUAAGCAAAUAGCAUCUCUCUCGUUUCUGUCA